AUGCCAUUGCAACACCCCACACAAUCAAAAAAAAAAUGCUCAGGUGUUCCGUUGUACAACAGUGGAAAUCCCCAAGGAUGCGCGCAGGUAUACAAAGAAGCGGCCCAGAAUCUUCUGGAUGCAGCAACAAAGAUUCCAAGUUGUGGAACGUUGUGGAGGCGGGCGCUAGAUUCGCUACAGCAGCUCCCCAGCGCUGAUGCGCGUGCCUGGGCCCUGCGUCGGGCACUGGAUGCCGUGGCAGCGAACGACACUCCGUCUCCACCGUCGGAGAGCAUCUCACCGCCGGCCUUGGUCCGCGAUUUCUCAACCGCAAGCGGGCUGGAGGUGGCCGGCUUUAUCGUGAACGACACUGUGAUGGGUGGCCGCUCUGAUAGCGAGCUCGUGAUGUCCGACCAGGCCGCCGUUUUCCGCGGCACUGUCACCAAGCGCGGAGGCGGUGGCUUUGCCUCCGUUCGAUUCCAGCCGCGGGACCCCCAAACAGACAAGCAGCAUGCUGCAUGUCUGCAUGUCUGCAGAAUGUGUUCAUCCCAGUUUGUGGAGGGUGCUCACCCCGCCCCAGCUUACAUAUUUUCUAAUUGUACACUUUGUACACUACAAAGCCAUACGUAG